AUAACGUUUGUUACUGGCAAAAUUGAGAGACCUUGUCGGGAACGAGCGAUAACUAGUUUAUUUAGCUGUAUUUUAAGCGGUGCGCGUAGCUUGGCGGUGUCAUUCACUAGUCCCCAGUCGCGUGUCGGUCGUGUUGCAAGAAACCCACUACGUCAUGGCCUCCGUUAAAUCUGAAAAAGUCGGCAUUGUUGGCAGUGGCCUUAUCGGUCGUUCCUGGGCCAUGCUGUUUGCGUCUGUGGGAUACCAAGUGACGAUAUUCGAUAUCGUCCAGCAGCAGGUCACCGAUGCAUUGGCCGACAUUAAAGUGCAGCUCAAGACUUUGGAGAAAGAUGGUUUACUGAGAGGAAAUCUGAAUGCUGACCAGCAAUUCUCGUGUAUAAAAGGAACUUCUGAUUUAGCGACCGUUGUCAAAGAUGCUGUUUUCGUCCAAGAAUGUGUUCCCGAAAGCCUCGAAUUGAAAAAAAAGGUUUACUCAGACUUGGACAAAGUUGUCGAUGACAAAACUAUUCUGUCUAGUUCUACUAGUACCACUCUGCCAUCGUUGUUCUCAGAGCAGAUGAAACACAAGGCUCAGGUUAUUGUAUCACACCCAGUAAACCCACCAUACUACGUGCCCCUUGUAGAAAUUGUUCCCGCACCUUGGACCAGGAAGGAUGUUUGUGAAAAAACUAGAGCGAUUAUGUUGGAAAUUGGACAGGAGCCGGUUUCCCUGAGCCGCGAAAUCGAUGGAUUUGUUCUCAACCGUAUUCAAUACGCAAUUCUGGACGAAGUUUGGCGUCUGGUUGAUAACAAAAUUGUAAAUGUGGAAGACAUCGACAAAGUCAUCUCUGAAGGUCUCGGAAUGAGAUACGCUUUCCUUGGCUCCUUAGAAACUGCACACUUGAACGCAGAGGGCAUGAAGUCCUAUAUUGAGAGAUACGGAGAAACAAUUUACAAUGUCAGCAAGACCAUGGGAGAUGUCCCACGAAUGACCACUAGCAAGAGUGCGGACACAAUUUGCGAGCAAUUGAACAAGAUGGUGCCUUUGGACAAGUUGCAGGAAAGGCGUGCAUGGCGUGACGCUUGUCUGACGCGUCUGGCUCUGCUCAAAAAGGAAAUGAACAACCAAAAAGUUAAAUAUUAGAAGUUAAUUUAUAUCUUACACUAUAUCGUAUUCUUAUUGAAAUAAUAAAUACGUGUACCUACGUAUUAAACUCCUUGUUGUUUAUUUUGUAGAUAUCAAAUCAUCUUAACAAUAUUAUUGUAAAAAUAUACUUUUAUUUAAAUUCA